AGGAUGUGAGAGGCGGAGCCUGCGGACCACGCGUCUUUCCAUAAAUGAAGGAAUAACAAGGCAGUUUUCCCGAUAAACCUGCCUUUCCAAACAGUUUAACUCCACAGACACACGUCAGCGAGCCAUCAUGUCUGAUAAGAAGGCAGUGAUCAAGAAUGCAGACAUGUCUGAUGAAAUGCAGCAGGAUGCAGUGGACUGUGCCAUGCAGGCCAUGGAGAAGUACAACAUCGAGAAGGACAUCGCUGCUUACGUCAAAAAGGAGUUUGACAAGAAGUACAACCCCACAUGGCACUGCAUCGUCGGGAGGAACUUUGGCAGCUACGUGACGCAUGAAACCAAACAUUUCAUCUACUUCUACCUGGGUCAGGUGGCCAUUCUCCUGUUCAAGUCCGGCUGAAGCAUCCGCCUGUGCCGCAUUGUAAAUCUGACACCUCCUUUCUGCAGACAUGCCUACCUCUAGGCUUCCCAGCUUACUUCAGUUACUUUGCGCCAUCUGCAACAGCCCCAUCAUCAGUGGACGUUGCUUCAGUCGUGGAUGGACUGGUGAUUCAUCUUCUGUAGAAAAUGCCAGUCCACAGCUGGAUUUCAGCUCCUUUUUGGACCGCGUUCAAACAUACUGACUGACUCGUCUUAAUAUUUCUAGAUUUUUGAUUUUGCUGUUGGUGCAGGCCUGUCAGUUACUUCACAAGAGUGUUGUAAAAUAACUUGUUUUCAUUGUGUUAAAGUGAGCAAUCGCCUUUUUGUUCAAAUAUCUUUAAUUUCCAGUGACGAAUGAUGGACUGAAAAAUAAAACCAUGCAAUGACUGUUGCUAAACUUUUAAUAAAAGGCUGUAACCAGCUGAGCAUUAACGGUUUGAAUGUUCCUGAUUACACUGAAUAUCUGCAGCUGCAUCUUUCUGUACAUCCAAACUGAUCUUUGCAGUCUUCACCUCAAACAUGUAGAGCACAAAAUUACUUUCCAACAUUAAACUGGUUUAAAAUGUGGA